ACAACAACCUCAAAACUAGUCAUCAAAAUCAUGGACGCUAACGACCUACCGCCACUCUUCUCAUCGGAAAUAUAUAACCUCGAACUUGCAGAGCUGACGGAACCUCACACCAGCGUCUUACAACUGUCAGCUUCAGACCCUGAUCUCGGCAUCAAUUCUAGAAUUUACUACGGUAUCACAAAUACGACGUAUACAAAAUACUUUGCCGUCCACCAGGCGACCGGUAGUUUAAGUCUCAUCUACCCGAUAAGCUUCAAAGAUAUUUCG